AUGAAACGUCUCCAAUUCCAACCAAAGCCAUCAGCACUCGGGCAAUGGGGUUUCAACAAAGUGGCAGUGGAUAAAUUUUAUUCUUUGCUCGGGGAAAUAUAUGAUAAAUAUAAUCUAAGGCCAGAUAGGAUAUAUAAUUGCGAUGAGACUGGCAUAUCAUGGGUCUCCAAAACAAAGAGCAUAAUAAUUGCAGAAAAGGGAAGGAAACAGGUAGGCUCACUUUCUUCACCAGAACGAGGGCAGACGGUCACAGUCGUAAUGCAGCUGGAACUUACAUGCCUCCCAUGCUGA